AUGUUGCUCAGCAAAGCACGCGCCCGACAGCCUGCCACAAAGGGAUUUGGACAAGCUUUUCGCAGUCCCCACAAGAGGCAGGAUAGUCAGAAAAGCUCGACUUUUGUCACGUAUCUCAGCCAAGAGGAUAAGAUAUGUCGCCUCAAAGCGAAAUUGGCUCAGCUUCAGGCAUUACCUCCAGAGGAGCUUACGGUUAUGGAAGAGGAUGAGGGGGGAGGCGAGGGAGAUGGUCUCGCUGAGACUGAAGAAGCACAAGGUUCCUCGCCAGUGCCUGAUGACUGGAUGGACGUGGAGGCACCCGCCAACCUCCCUCAACCGCCCCCCUCGCCACCAAGGACCCCUAUUUCUGCCAAAAUAUGUCGCACUGGUCCUGAUGCUGCCACCAAUCUUCUGUAUGAACAGUGGAAGGCCCUCACACCCCUGCUUAUUGCUCCGCUUGUCCGAUUUUUGUCCAUGACAAAAGGAAUCAAAUACUCCCCUCCUGGGGACAUUCGCGCAUCCUGCCUUCACCCACACAUGUGUGUGACGAAGACCCGAAAAGUUCUAUGGAGUGCAUUUGACCACUUGGUCAGGAUGUGGGUUAAUGCACAGCUUGCUGUAGGUUUCCUCUGUCAAAUCUGA